AAGACAAGACGUGUUUCUCGAAGAACCCUCUUAUCUAGUUCACCGACAGCGACAUCUCUCAUCGAACUGGACGUCAUCAUGUGGCUGUUGUGUCUAGCAGUGUGUGUCCUUGGAGCCCAAGCACAAAAGGGAGCAGACGGCGGUAAGUGUGGUGUUCCCGCCAUUCAACCUUACCCGGGCAACCGUAUCGUAGGGGGUCAGGCAGCCAAGCCGGGUAGCUGGCCAUGGCAGGUGUCGGUGCGGUAUUACACAGGCCAUUACUGCGGCGGUUCCAUCAUCGCACCCAACUGGAUCGUUACUGCCGCUCACUGUUUCUAUGGUGACACCAACCCAGGGAACUUGAAGAUCCAUGUCGGCAGCCACUACUUCAAUAAGAAAGACCGCAACCAACAGAACCUCGACGUCAUCAAAGUCAUUGUGCACAAGCAGUACAACUCCCGUAACAUUGACAACGACAUCGCCCUUUUGAAGCUGUCCAGUAGCAUCGAGUUUACUGACUACGCCAGCCCUGUGUGCCUGCCAACAGUUGACGCACCCGACGGUACCAUGUGCUACGUCACCGGUUGGGGAGAUACAAAGGGAACCGGCUCGGACGACGUCUUGCGGCAGGCUACGGUGCCGGUCAUGAGCAGGAAAACUUGUAGCAGUCGCAGGUACUACGGUGGACAAGUCACCCACAACAUGAUCUGUGCUGGCUACGAACAGGGGGGGGUUGAUCCCUCCCAGGGUGACUCCGGUGGACCGUUGGUUUGCCAGUACAGCGAGAGCGAUCAGUGGACCCUGGACGGCAUCACGUCCUGGGGGUACGGCUGCGCACAGGCCUACAAGCCCGGUGUCUACACACGCGUCACGAACUACAUCUCCGGAUCAAAGAAAAGAUGGCGGAAAAUUAGGGCCGGCAAACACAGGCUCAUAUCCUUACAGAGCUUUCUCAGUCUCAGACACUGAGUACAAAUAAGCUCUGAGUCGCCCAAGAAAUAAAUACCAGGAACGUAA